AUGGAUGAAAAAUUCGAAGUAAAGCGUACUAAGAAUGUACCAUUUUUGAGAGCAGGCUAUUUGUUGAAGGUGUUGGCUUGUGCGAUUGCUCUCGUGUAUUGCUUCAACACUUUCAGCACCCCAUUCUUUGGAGGCAAUGAUAAUCCCGAACUCGACCCAGAGCAAGUUAUUUUGGACUCGCUCAAAGUAAAUUUGGCAUCUGACUGGUCAAAGAAGUAUACUUCAGAACCUCACUUGGCUGGAACCAAUUACGGUUUGGUGGAAUGGACGGAAGCAAAGUUUAAGGAAUUCGGUUUUGAAACUACAAUUGACCCCUAUGAGAUCUUGGUUAGUUAUCCAAAGGAUCAUGACUUGAAAUUACUUGACUCAAAGGGUGAAGUUGUAUACACGGCCCCAUUGAAGGAAGAUGUCAUUGAUGAGGACCCAACUACUCACAACGACACUGUUCCUACCUUUUUGGGUUAUGCAGCAAACGGAAAUGUCACUGGUCAGUAUAUUUAUGCCAAUUAUGGUACCAAGAAAGAUUUUGAACUUUUGAAAGAAAAUAGCAUUGACGUAAAGGGCAAAAUUGUUGUCGUUCGUUAUGGUCAAAUUUUCCGCGGGUUAAAGGUUAAGUUUGCGCAAGAUUUAGGUGCCAUUGGUGUUUUGAUCUAUUCUGAUCCGGGUGAUGACUUUGGUUUAACUCCUGCAAAUGGAUAUGAUCAAUACCCGAAAGGCCCUGCAAGACAAGAAAGUUCGGUUCAAAGAGGCAGUGUCCAGUUCCUAGGAGGAGAAGGAGCAGCCCCUGGUGACCCCACUACCCCAGGAUACCCAUCCAAACCUGACGCAGACAGAAAGGAUCCCCAUGAUAGCAUUGGCAAGAUCCCUGUUUUGCCCAUUUCAUACCGUGAAGUCAAACCAAUUUUGCAUAAAUUGAAUAAACAUGGAGCCAAGAUCGACGGAUUUAAAGGUGAGUUGGAUGGGUUUGAUUACUCAACAGGACCUUCGAAGUAUGAGUUGAACUUGUACAAUGAGCAGGACUACAAGAUCACCACUUUAUGGAAUGUUUAUGGUGAAAUCAAGGGUGAAAAAAAUAAUGAAGUGAUUAUAGUAGGAAAUCAUAGAGAUGCUUGGAUCAAAGGUGGAGCUGGUGAUCCAAACAGCGGCUCUGCCUCUUUAUUGGAAGUUGCGCGCGCAUUGGGUGACUUGAAAAGAGCAGGUCACAAAUUCAAGAGAACCGUUGUGUUGCAAAGCUAUGAUGGGGAAGAAUAUGGGUUGUUGGGAUCAACUGAGCAAGGUGAAUACUUUGCCAAGAAAUAUCAACGUGAAGUGGUUGCUUAUUUGAAUGUUGAUGUUUCUGUCAGUGGAAAGAACUUGAAAUUGGAAUCAUCACCAGUAUUGAACGACUUGAUUUUCAAAACUGCUAAAAAGUUGGAGUACCCUGAAGGAGGUAGCUUGUAUGAGCAUUACGUCAAGAGCCACAAAGGGGAACACAUUCCAACUUUGGGAAGCGGAUCUGAUUAUACUGUCUUUUUGGAGCACUUGGGUAUCCCAUCAUUAGAUUUUGGUUUUGUCGGUGGCAAAGGUGAUCCAAUUUACCACUAUCAUUCUAACUAUGACUCUUAUCACUGGAUGGAGAAAUUCGGCGAUAAGAAAUUUGUUUACCACAAUUUAGCUGCUAAGUUUUUAGCUUUGUUGACUUUAGGAUUGACAGAAAGAGAAGUGAUUCAUUUCAAUCUCAACGACUAUGCUCAUGGAUUGUUAGAGUACUACAAGGAAACUAUCGACCGCGUUCCAAAGAAAUGGUUCGACAAAAAAGUUGAAGGACAUGAUAAACAAUUUGAUUUGGUUGAGUAUAACUAUAUUGAUGAAAUUACACAAGGUUACUUUUCCUAUCCAAUUUGCAAGCCUAUGCAAAUGGGAUUGACCAAUGCAAGAGCACACCAUCGUCACCAUCAUCAUAACAAAACCUUGGAGAACUUGAUUCACCAUACCCAUCAUCAAUUGAAAUUCCUUGCCAACUCAACAGAAAAGUAUGAUAUCGAAUCGAAGGAAUUACAAAAACUGCAUGAUUUGUAUGAUGAAUUACCUCUUUGGAAAAAGAUCAAAUUGCAUUUCCAAAUCAAGACCCAUAACAAGGGUUUGCAAUACUUUGAACGUAACUUUUUGCACUCCAAAGGAUUGCAUAAAAGACCAUGGUUCAAACACAUUGUUUUUGCCAGUGGUAGAUACACUGGUUAUGCUGGUCAAAAUUUGCCUGGUUUGAAUGAAGCAAUUGAAGAUGGUGACUUCGAUAGAUUUGUUGAUUGGUUACAAAUUUUGGAAAGCACCGUGUCAAGAGUUGCCAACAUUUUGUUACAUUGA